AUGAUGAGCAAGAGCAUGUGGGCUGUGUCGGAGAAGGGCACAUUUGUGCGUGAUGCAAGUAAAUUUCGUAACUGGAUCGAGUUUACGGCUGACGCCGAGUUUCCAGCGGCAGUCGACCGUUACCAUCUCUAUGUAUCGCUAGCGUGUCCAUGGGCGCACCGUUGCCUUGCUACGCUUUACAUGAAGGGACUUCAGAACAUCAUUGGACUUUCUGUCGUGCACCCAGUGUUCCAGCGUACGCGUCCCAAUGACCCGGAGGAUGAGCACAUGAGCUGGGCAUUCGUGGACCCGAAGACGACCCCUUCGCUCCCUGGUCCAUCAGGUCUCGGUCAGUACUCAUCGGAGGGCGCCAUCCCAGACACAGUGAACAAUGCACAAUACGUGCGUGAUCUGUACGAGAUGUGCUCGAAGGGAAACACACGCUACACGGUACCCGUGCUGUGGGACAAGGUCAGGAAGACUAUUGUAUCGAACGAAUCAGCCGAUAUUAUCCGCAUGUUGAACUCGUCAUUCAACGCCAUUGUGCCGUCCAAGGUGGAUCUAUACCCGGCCAAGUUCCGCGAGAAUAUCAACACGAUCAACGAGUGGGUCUACAACGACAUUAACAAUGGCGUGUACAAGUGCGGCUUUUCGUCCACGCAAGUCGCAUACGAUGAGGCUGUAACCAAGUUGUUUAAGAGUCUGGACCGUGUCGAGGAGAUUCUGUCAAAGCAGCGAUUCCUUGUAGGAGACGUGUUUACCGAGGCGGACUUGCGGUUGUUUUCGACUCUUAUUCGCUUCGAUGAGGUGUACUACGUGCACUUCAAGACAAACAAAAAGAUGAUCAAGGAGUACCCGAAUCUACUGAACUACACGCGAGAGAUUUACCAAUAUCCACCUGUGACCAAGUCGGUUUCGAUGCAGCACAUCAAGUUCCAUUACUACGGUUCGCACACCCACCUAAACGCGUUUGGCAUUGUUCCGGCUGGCCCGAACGUCGACUAUAGCUUGAAGCAUAACCGCGAUCGCUUCACGAGUGCAACGCUCCCCGAGUUCCCCGUGAGCAGCAACUAA